GGGCGGCAAAAAAAAUAAAUCAGUCUACAGCAUCAUGUCACCAACAAUGUUUCUCUCUCUCCCCUCUUCGUCCUCACUCUUCCUCCUCCUAUGCCUUCUCUUCUUCCUCCACUCCCCUCCCGCCGCCACCGACGACCCCCUCUACCAAAUUUGCGGCAACGGAGCCUACAAAACAAACAGCACCCAUGAGAUCAACGGCAACUACACAGCAAACAGCACCUAUGAGACCAACCUCAACCUCCUCCUCCCCUCUCUCGUCUCCAACGCCUCCUUCUCCGGUGGCUAUUACAGCACCAUGAUUGGCCAGUUUCCCAACCAGAUCUAUGGUCUCGCCCUCUGCCGUGGCGACGUCAACGCCUCCCUGUGCCGCUCCUGCCUCGACACAGCCUCCCAGGACAUCGUCAGCCGCUGCCCCUAUAAAAUCGAAGCUAUCGUCUGGUACGACGAUUGCGUCCUCCACUACUCCAACCUGUGGUCCCUAGCGACAACAGAGGAUUUGGGGGAAAUCUACAUGUGGAAUGUCAACAACAUAACGACGGACCGUCCCCUGUUCGAGAAGCUAGUGGGCGAGCUUCUGAGUGCUAUAACCUAUUGGGCCGCAUACAACACGACGAUGAGGUUCGCCACCGGGGAGGCGAAAUUCACCACGGACUUCCCCAUGAUAUACGGCUUGGUGCAGUGCACGCCAGACCUGUGGCCAAGCAAGUGCCAGCAGUGCCUUCAGGAUAUAUUCGACCCACUACAGACCUACUUUCAAGGAAGGCCGGGGGCAAGGGUGUUAGCAGUGCACUGCAAUUAUAGAUACGAGGUCUACAACUUCUACGACGGGGAAUCCAUGGUAAAGCUUGGUUCGCCGAUACCAGCGCCGGCGCCUCUCGUGCCUCCACUUGUAGAACCGCCGGCGCCUCUGGUGCCUCCACCGGUAAACCCAGGAAACAAGAAGAAUGUCACAGGUAUGGUUCUUAAAAUUGCCAUACCUCUAGUGGCAUCAUCCUUGCUAAUAUCCAUCACCUUCAUUUCCUUCAGGAAAAGGAGGAAGUCGGAAAAAAAUUUACUCUUAGAUGAGGCCAACCUGGAGGAGAUCACAGAUGCUGAAUCACUGUUACUUGAUCUAUCUAUGCUAAGAACUGCGACAGCUAACUUCUCUGAAGAAAAUAAGCUUGGAGUAGGUGGUUUUGGUGCAGUUUACAAGGGAAUACUACCCAAUGGGCAAGAAUUAGCGGCGAAGAGGUUAUCAACAACUUCGAGGCAAGGACUAGCAGAGCUAAAAAAUGAACUAGUUUUAGUUGCUAAGCUCCGGCACAAAAAUCUCGUAAGGCUUCUGGGUGUUUGCUUGGAAGAACAAGAGAAGUUGCUUGUCUACGAAUAUGUGCCUAACAGAAGUCUGGAUACCGUUCUAUUUGAUCCCAUAAAACGUGAACAGCUACACUGGGAAAGAAGGCACAAGAUCAUCCGUGGAAUUGCUAGAGGCCUGCUAUACCUACAUGAAGAUUCUCAGCUAAAAAUUAUACAUCGGGAUUUAAAAGCUGGCAACAUAUUGUUAGAUGCAGACAUGAACCCUAAGAUAUCUGAUUUUGGUUUAGCUAGGCUUUUUGGGGGAGACCAAAGUCAAAGCAUCACAACCCGAGUUGUGGGAACAUUUGGAUAUAUGGCACCAGAGUAUGUUAUGCAUGGGCAGUUGUCAGUCAAGUCAGAUGUAUACAGCUAUGGUGUGCUGGUUUUAGAGAUUAUAACAGGCAGGAAGAACAGUAGCUUCUCAAACUCAGAAAGUGGCAAAUAUCUUCUGAGCUAUAUAUGGGAGCAGUGGAACAAAGGAACAGUUUUGGAGAUACUGGACCCAUGUUUGGGCAACCAUUGCCCAACUACUGAAGUGUUAAGAUGCAUUCAGAUUGGAUUAUUGUGUGUACAGGAGAAUCCAUCUGAUAGACCCGACAUGUCAACGGUCGUUAUGAUGCUCAACAGUGAUCCUGUUUCUAUUUUACGUCCUUCCAGACCAGCAUUUUGUAUCAGACAGAAUGUCAUUGGUUCAUCUGAUCAUUCAAAUGAUAGGUUGAUACCAGUGUCACUAAAUGAAAUGUCAAAUACCGAACUUGAACCUAGGUAAACAUAAGAAAGUAAAGAGAAGAUUGUUGGCCAAUAUCUUUGAAGUCUUUCUACAGAGCUUAAAUACUUUGUGCAUUGGUUGUAACACCUGUACUUUGCUCAGACUCUCUGAAUAAUUGGAAAACCAAUAUGUAUGUCUUAUAUCUUUCCA